UUACGGCGGCGGCGGGAGACGGCGGCAGCGCCCGGCCGGCCCCCCCCUCACCCCCACCCCUCCUCCUCCUCUUCCCCCUCCCUCCGACGGGAGCGCGCCCACGCGCCCCCCCCUCCCCCCCCCCCCCGCCCGGAGCCACCUUCGGGAGCGCGCAGCCCCCCUCCAUGCGCCCCCAUCCCCCCCACCGCGUGCUAUCGCCUCCAUGCAGCUCUGCACCCCCUUCUUAACACCCCCCCCGCCUUCCCCCCUUUCAGGUGCAGCCCCCCAUAAUACCCCCGCAUGCCCACCUACACCCUUCCAUGUGCACGUGCCCCCCUCGUUGCUUCUCCCCUCCAUGCACCGCCUCUCUGCCAAAGCCCCCCCAAACCUCCCAGUGGUGCAGUGCUGUUCUUUUCUCCCCCCGUUCGCCCCCCUCAGUCUUUCGGGUCACUGAAGUUGGCGGUGUGGAUGGCACUUUGCAUAGUGGGAGCUCCGUAAUGUGGGUGCUGCCCCCCGGCUGUGGGGGUUCACCCCAAAAAGGAGCGGGGGGGGGGGGGGGGCAGGGAGAGGUCAGCUAAAAACCUCCAGCAGUCAGCAGUUGCAGAGCUGUGCUGUGUCCUUGCAAGGAGGGGAUGGAGCAAAGCCUCGGCUUCUGGUGCUGCCUGCUGUCCGGUCGGCCUCGUGCCUUAUUGCUGCAGCAAUUUGUUUCGUCUCUUUCCCCUUGCUUCUUUCCCAUGCAGUGAACACACUGUAAGGGCAAGCUGUUAAUGAGAAGUGGCUUAGUGAGGGGGGGAACAGCUUUGCUUACGCUGCUGCUUGUGUUGCGCCAAGCUCGUGGCCCUGCGAGCACAGCGGUGCCUUUGGAUGGGGGCUGAACCUCUCCUAUUGCACUGAGUGGCUCAGAGCUGGGCACCAGGAGCGCAGUGCAAUGGCAGUGUGCAAAGACAGGGCUUCUCCUGCCUGCACUUGGCUGGGGUUACUCACUGUGAAGUCCCUGCCCAUGGGGCACAAUGGGGGUGACAGCAUCUGGUGGGGUCGGUGGCUCUGUGGAGAUGUGCCCGCAUCGGGGCCUGUUAGCGCUGCUCCCACGGCCCCGCCAUGGCCACGCCGGACGUCAGUGUGCACAUGGAGGAGGUGGUGGUGGUGACGACGCCGGACACGGCAGUGGAUGGCAGUGGGGUGGAGGAGGUGAAGACGGUGCUGGUCACCACCAAUCUGUCCCAGCAUGGCGGUGACAUAAAUGAGGACACUCUGGAGACAGAAAACGCAGCUGCUGCGGCCGCUGCCGCCUUCACAGCAUCCACACACCUGAAGGAAGCAGUGCUAGAAGUGAAGAUGGCUGAAGACGAGGACAGCUUGGAGGCAGAGAUCGUGUACCCCAUCACCUGUGGGGACAGCAAAGCCAACCUCAUCUGGAGGAAGUUCGUGUGCCCCGGGAUCAAUGUGAAGUGUGUGCAGUUUGAUGGACACCUCAUCAGCCCCAAGGAGUUCGUGCACCUGGCAGGAAAGUCCACACUGAAGGACUGGAAGCGGGCAAUCAGGAUGAAUGGGAUCAUGCUCCGGAAGAUCAUGGACUCGGGGGAGCUGGAUUUCUACCAGCACACCAAGGUCUGCUCCAACACGUGCCGGAGCACCAAGAUUGACCUGACCAGUGCCAGGGUGUCUCUGAGCAGCCAGACCUCCACGGAGUACAUCCCUCUCACUCCUGCUUCCACAGAUGUGAACGGAUCCCCAGCUACAAUUACCAUAGAAACAUGUGAGGACGCCGGCGAUUGGACCACCAGCAUAGGAGAUGACACCUUUGCGUUCUGGCGAGGCCUGAGGGACGCAGGUCUCCUGGAUGAUGUCAUCCAGGAGUUCCACCAGGAGCUGCUGGACACCAUGCGGGGUUUGCAGCAGCGUGCACAGGACCCCCCCCUGCAGCUGGGAGAUGCUGUUCUACUUAACAACGUGGUGCAGAACUUCAGGAUGCUGGACCUGGUCAAGAAAGUCCUGGCCAGCCACAAGUGCCAGAUGGAUCGCUCCAGGGAGCAGUACACACGGGAUCUGGCAGCUCUGGAGCAGCAGUGUGACGAGCACCGCAAGCGUGCCAAGGAGCUGAAGCACAAAUCGCAGCACCUCAACAACGUGCUGAUGACUCUGACUCCCGUCUCUGUCCCCACGCCUUUAAAACGCCCCCGGCUCACCCGGGCCACCUCCGGACCGGCUGCCAUCACAUCCCAGGUGCUGUCCCAGCCGGCGCAGAUCGCCGUCACCCCCGCCGUGCCGAUGUCGCAGCUCACCAGCCUGCCUCUGGGCAAAGUGGUCUCAACCCUCCCACCCUCGGUGUUGGGUAAAACCCCAUCCCAACCGCCUGCCGCCAGCUCUCCAGCCUCCCCACUGCUGGGUGGCUACACCGUACUGGCCUCUGCUGGCAACGCCUUCCCCGGUGCAGUGGAAAUCCACCCGGACGCUCCCAACGUGACGGUGCUGAGCACAGCGGCAGCGACGGCUCAGGACAGCAGCACAGUGGUGAAGGUGCUCAGCCCUUUCCAGCUGCUGGCACUGCCGGGGCUCGGUGCCGCCAUCCAGAACGUGACACACGUGGGUGGUGGCGGUGCGGUGCUCAGCGUGCCCUCCGAGGGUCCCACGGCCGAGCACACCGCUGCCAUCGAGGUGACGGCGGUGGCCGAUGAAGCAGAGCAGAAGUGAAGGAGAGGGCCCUGCCUGGAGGGGACAUUCGUCACGGCGCUCGGGGGAACGGCCUUGGGUCUGCGUGGUGCAAUGAGGGGCGUGGGUUAAGGAGGCUCAGGGCGGCUGGAGCUGGGAGCAAGGAGGUGUGCGGGGCAGGCAGCGAGGGGAGGGAGGAUGCCUGGAGGAGAUGAGGGCAGCAGCGUGCUCUGCUCUGAUGGGAGGAGGUCUGGAAGAAAAAAAAAAAAAGAAAAAACAACACCAACAAAAAUAAUUAAGGCUAAGUUUUUAUAAAGCUUUCCUCCCUGCUCUCUUGGGGCAGGUACUCCACGCUGUGUCUGAGGAGCAGGGUGGGAUAUAGUGUGAGCUUUAGGAGCACGGAGCGCUGAGCCGGCACCGAGCCGGCUGCUGGGAGCCCACAGGCAGCAGUGGGAGGAGUGUGGGGCCGCUCGCCGUCCCUGUCCUGCAGCACGGAGGGGACACAGAGCCCUGGGGCUGACCCUUGGGUGCAGGCACUGUGGGCGGGUGGCCCAGGUCAGAGCGAGGAGGAUCCCAGGUUGUGAUUCCCCAGAGAACAGAGGAACCCAGAGGGCCGGGAAGAGCUGCAACUUCUGGGGUUUUAGGGUCUCUUUUCUAUUUUUCUCAAAAAAAAGGAAAAAAAAAAUCCAUUUUUAGGAUUUUUUUUUUUUAAUUAAAGGCUGUGAGCACAUUACUGGAGUAAGGCAGAACGGGGGGCUGGGUGCAGAGCGAGGAGCUGAGCGGCAGCAGCCCCGUGCCCAGCAUCAUCUUACUGGGUGCUGGCAUCCAUCACCUGCUGCAGGAGGAUGCUCUGAAGGAAGGGGGCACUGGCCUCAGGUAUGCCCCGGUGUUUGGGUGCUGGGAGGAGCUGGGUGCCUCAGGUGGGGGUUUUCUAUGAACUCAGUCUGGCAGCAGCGAUGGCAGGUUGCUUCUAUCAGCUAAUAAAUGUGGUUUUUUUUGACAGAG